GAGAGAGGUGGGCUCAGUAAUGGGGAUUUACUUAAAUACCUUGCAAGUCAACCAGCAAGACACAGAGCACUCUGCUGUUUGGAUCGACAAUAAUAUGGACGGAUUGAAACUUCAACUGAUCUAACAGAUUGUAUAGUUGGCGUGUCUGCGCGUUUGGGGUCAGCAUGAGCGCGGACUGCACGAGCUACUACAACGCAGAGAAAGUGCUCGUAAACGAGUUCACGUGCCCUAAACCGGACAACGAUGCAGGAGCCCUUUUCUGCUGUGGCUUCAAUGACAUGAAAUACUGUUGUGAUGACCCAAACAGUUUUUUCCCAUACGAGUAUGGAUACAUGUGGUGGUUGAGUCUGGGAGCGCUGGUUGGCCUGUCCAUAGCAGCUGUGGUCCUGCUAGCGUUCAUCAUCACUAUCUGUGUCCUGUGCUAUCUGUUCAUCGCGACCAAACCCAGAGGCCUUGACAACGGACUGCCCCUCAUAGCACCAGGUGCUGAACCCAGUCCACGAGAGGGGCCGAGUCGGAGUCACCCCAGUAGCCCCCCUACGGGUCCCCAAGGGUUUAAGAAGCACUUCUUGAGUGGUAAACUGGACUGUGACAACCAGCCUCCAGAUCCAGACCGCCUCUUCCAGAGGUGCUUCAUGGCCACCGUCACCACCAUCAAUGUGGAGGGGUCCUCAUAGACUGGCCUAGGAUUCUCAAACCAGUAUAGACUGGGAGGAGAGGGGGAUGGCUGUGGAAGAGGAGGAGGAGAUAGGAGCAUUAAACCAGACUGACAAUGCAUCUACUACCAGGACUCUCUUUCUCUCUCUUUCUCUCUCUAUUUGUGUCUCCUCUUUAAAGGUCCAAUGCAGCCUUUUAUAUCUCAAUAUCAAAUUCUUUAUGGGUAAUAAUUAAGUAUCUUACUGUGACUGUUUUCAAUUCAAAUGGCCAAAAAUAUGCAAAAAUAGCUUCUUAGCAAAGAGCAAUUUCUCAAGUAAGAAUUUUGCUCUCUUUCUUAUUGUGCUGUUAACUAAUUUUCCACCUGGUGAUGUCACCAGGUCUUUUCAAACAGCUCUUACAAUUAAAGGGCAUUAUCAUAAUUUCCACAAUUUCACAGUAC